AUGACAUAUGUCCACUCCGCCCAGCCUCCACCAGACAGAAUAAAGCGGUGUCGGAACUACUAUGAGAUCCUGGGGGUGGAGAGGGACGCCAGCGAGGAGGAGCUGAAGAAAGCCUACCGCAAACUGGCCCUGAAAUUUCACCCUGACAAGAACCGCGCUCCCGGGGCGACCGAGGCUUUUAAAGCAAUAGGCAAUGCUUUUGCGGUUCUGAGCAACCCUGAAAAACGAUUACGGUACGAUGAAUUUGGAAGCGACCGAGAGCAUGUCAGCACUGGCCAGGCCAGGCACUAUAAUUACUACACAGAAUUCGAAGCAGACAUUACACCAGAAGAAAUAUUCAAUGUGUUUUUUGGUGGGCACUUUCCUACAGGAAAUAUCCAUAUGUUCUCAAAUGUAGCCAGAGAUGCACACUAUUAUCCACGGAGGCACCGAAAUGAAAGAGCAUGGACGCAGGAGCAAGAGGAGGAAGAAAACAGGCCACAGAAUUCAUAUUCUGCAUUUAUUCAGUUGAUGCCAGUUUUCAUAAUAAUAAUAGUGUCAGUUAUAAUUCAACUGAUGGUCACAAACCCACCCUACAGCCUAUUCUACAAAUCGUCCAUAGGCCAUGUUGUUAGCAGAGAAACAGAGAACUUGCAGGUGCCUUACUAUGUUGAUAAAAACUUUGAAAAGAAUUAUCAAGGUGCAGAACUUCAGGAGCUAGAGAAAACCGUUGAAAAAGACUACAUAGACUAUAUUCAGACGAGCUGCUGGAAGGAGAAACAGCAAAAGUCUGAUUUGUCGAAUUUGGCCAAGCUAUACAGAGAUGAGCGGUUGAAACAGAAAGCGGAAUCGCUGAAACUUGAGCACUGUGAGAAGCUCUCCAGUUUGAUUGGAAUGCACAAAGGGGGCUGAACCAGGACACACGCGUUCUGUAGUUUUAUUUAUUGCCGUUUUAACUUAUGUUUUUAUUUUUCCUUGUAUAAAAAGGGAAGGAGUCUAUUGUAAAGAGUCGGAUCAUCUGAUUCCUUCUGCGUAUAGCGCAGAGAGUGGCCAACACGAGCCGUAGAGCCAGUGUUGCUGUAAUAUAUACUGUACACUAUAUUUGGUUCCAAGGACCAGUGGCACUUUGUAAAUUAAUUCCCUGGGAGACGCUGUUAGUUUGGA